AUGCAUCUGGAAAGGGCAUUGACUUUGACUUUGCUUUGUGAGUUCACCGCUGUCCUUGUCCUCAACAGAGCACGUUUGAAAAAGGAAUGUGACGAUUUCAGAAAACACCCAGAAUAUGAAAACUUCAUCAGAGAGCAGACGGACACAGUGCAUUCUGGGGAAGUUACGGGUAAUCAUGCAUCUGUGUCCACUGAGGCAACAAGGGAACUGGAAGAUGAAGAUGAAAUCAGCAGAAAUAUGAAGGAAUAUUCUGAGGAAGCAGAGAAUGUAAACCAGCUUGGAAAUCACGUGUCAAUAUGCCUAGUCGACACACCCAAACUAUUGAUGCAUUCUUCAGAGUCUGGACCCUUUACUCGCGGUUCAAAGCGCCGCCAAAGUGCUGCGAUCACUGAUGAAACGAGCCCAAGCAAGAAAGGCAAAAUCGAAACAGAGAGCUCUUCGACAUCAGAAUAUAAUGUUCAAGCUGUAUCUCGAGAUCAAGCGACGGUUUCAGUAUCGCCUGAGCCCACGAGUAGCUCACAGGGGACUUGCAAACCCAUCCAGGCAUUGCUGGCCAAGAGCGUUGGAAACAAAGUGACCUUAAUAAGUCAUCCUAAGGCUGCAGAGAUUGCUCAGAUUUCACGUGACCAUAGGACAGCAUCUGUAGCUGUGCACCCUGUAGUGUUAACUACCUGUCCGCCUACACCACAUGCUAAAGAAACACUUGCACCAAUUACAACUGAAAGCACUGGACAGGUGGUGUACAAGACGGCAGGUGGUGUAGGCCUUCUCAGUAAAGCAAGUACGUUUUCCAUGCAGCAAAUAUCAGAUCAAAAAACAGGAGAGAAGUUGAUGCAAAAAGUUGUUAUCCUGCCUUCAAAUCUACUGAUUCAAAGCACUGAGCAAAGGGCAGUGCAAGCAUCUGCUUCUGUCUCAAAGAAUACACCUUACUUAUCAAAUGCUUCAAGCUUCACCACACCGGAAAACAAGGUACCUGUCCAACAGGUGGCACCACUGAAGGAUACCAGCACUGUUAGAACACCAUCUGCUGUAGUUACACCCAGUUUAAGAGCUGUCGGUGUGCCUAAAAAGACUACUGAACCAAAGGUUGUAGGCAGUAGUGGACUGAACAGACCUGACGCUAAAGAGGAGCUCAGGACAGUGUGCAUUAGAGACUCACAAUCUAUUCUCGUCACUACAAGAGGAGGCAACACAGGUGUGGUCAAAGUACAGACAUCAGAUAGUGGAACAGGGGUUUUACCUCCCAGUCCAGUUUUUACCAUCUCACCGCAACUUCAAGCCUUUCUGGUGUCAAAGUCUUCCACGUUACAAGCUGUCUCGGCCUCCCCUGCUGCUAAUUCUGUAUCUGGAGUCACUCCUCAAUCCCUCUCAAAGGAUGGCGCUCAUCCCAGCUCGUCUACUUUUGUGGCAGGAACUUCUUUGACCCUUAAUAACACUUCUACCAAAACAUCAGUCAAUACAUCUUCAAGCCUGGCCACAGGCAGAUUCAGUGAUAGUGUCAUUAUUCCAACAAAAAAUGUUCAAGGAGUCCAGAAUGUGGUCUCCAAAUCUGGAUUAAAGACCCCACAGAAGAGCACUCUACAAGAAACCAGACCUUCUGCCCAAACUACCUUCCAAAAGGUUUUUCUUGUCAAUCCUUCACCUUCAGCAGCAUCAAUGCCUACCGUUACAACAGCAACCUGUUCCAAACCAGCACCACAGGUUAUGUUUAUAAGCAACUCAGCACUUACCAUUCCAAAAGCUGUAGCAACUUCAGAGGUCAAUAAUUCCUCUGUUAGUACACCACCGAUGAAGAUCAUUCCUAAGUUAGGGACAACUUCAUCUAGCACUUCUUCUGGUACAAACGUCGUGAACAUCGGUGUCCCAGGGUUAACAUCAAGAAUACUUGGUGCAAAUAAAACACCUGAAGCCUCUAUGAAAAGUACACCUGUGUUUGUCUCCAGGGUAUCUUCGGCAUCAGCCUCAAGUGGGUUGCAGAUUGUUCCAAAAAGCAGUUUAGUUGCAAGCACAUCAGGGAAUACAGAAAGAUCUCUGAAGGUUCCUGGGGCUGCUGAAAGCAAAAUGCUCACAUUUUCAUCUUUAGGCACUGGCCACAUGGCUUCCUCUGCACUUUUGUCAGUUGUAAAACAAGAUGUACCUUCAUCAGUUUCAACGUUAAAUGCUUUUCAUUGUAAACCAGUGUUUACAUCUGGCAGCUCUACUUCCUCAAAUUCAGGAAGUCUAAUUACCAAACACACUACAGUAUCAAUUGAUGUGGCCACUAAGCCAGUGAUUGCAUCCCUUUGCACUUCACGCUCACCGGUUAAAACAACAGCCAAUUCUUGUGCUUCUGGUGUAUCUCAUUCUGUUGCAAUAAGCCCAAACUCUCCUUCAACUCUUCCAAUUGUCAUGACUUCUGGGAUUCGACCUCCAGCCACAACUAACAAAAGUGUUCAUGAAAGAGUCGUAAUAAACACCACUGCCCCACUUGCUCCAGGAACUCAGCUGCUAAUAAACAACACCAGAUUUGUUGUCCCAUCUCAAGGCCUUGGACCUGGCACCCAUGUCUUGCUCAUCAGCUCAGGAUCUGGAGGACAGCAGGCCUCAAGUACGGUUCAUCCCAAAGGAUUACAAAUUACAAGUUCAGUUCGUUCUAGAGGACUGCACGUCCAGAGUCCUGCUCAUCCCACAGGACUGCAAGUCCAGAGUCCUGCUCAUCCCACAGGACUGCAAGUCCCAAGUACUGUUCAUCCUAAAGGAUUGCAAGUCACAAGUGUGGCUCCUUCUGUAGGAUUGCAAGCCCCAAGUUCUGCUCAUCCUGCAGAAUUGCAAAUCUCAAGUCCUGCUCGGCCUAAAGGAUUGCAAGUUCCAAGUUCUGUUCAUCUUUCAGGAUUGCAAGUUCCAAGUUCUGCUCCUCCUGCAGUAUUGCAAGUUCAAAGUCCUGUUUGUCCUGCAGGAUUGCAAGUCUCAAGCCCUGUUCAUUCGGCAGGAUUGCACGUCCCAAGUCCUGCUUCUCCUGCUGUAUUUCAAGUCACAAGUCCUGCUUGCCCCAAAGGAUUGCAAGUUCCAAGUCCUGUUAAUCCUGCAAGAUUGCAAGUCUCAAGUACUGCUUCUCCUGUACAAUUGCAACCCCCGAAUCCUACUCAUUCUGCGGGAUUGCAAGUCCCAAGUCCUGUUAAUCCUGCAGGAUUGCAGGUUUCAAGACCUGUUCAUCUUGCAGGUUUGCAAGUCUCAAGUCAUGUUCAUCCUGGGGGAUUGCAGGCCCUUGGAGAUUUACAAGCCCCAAGUUCUGCAUCUACUGUUCUUAAAGGGCCAAAGAGUUUGGUCCCUUAUACUGUUGCUUCAGUUGUACAAGGUGUAAGAUUGGCAACUCCAGUCAGGCUUCCCUCGCCAAUAACUGGGCCUUCCGGUCAAGUCCAUCAGCAGCUAAACACCAUAACUCCACUGAAGGUGGCUGGUCCUACUGCUCUCCCACAAGCGGCACUAGCUCUGCAUCCUGGAUCAUCAUCAGACAUUGUAAGACUUCCUAUCUUUCAAGCCUCCAAAGUCUCAGUUGCACCUUCACAAGGUGCGACUGGCAUUCCCAAAGACACCUUAUUUUCUCAAGGAGGCUUACUAAGCACAACUUCACCAAUGCACUUGCAAGGAAAGUUAUCACAAAACCAACUACCAUCGGUCAUACCCUCCACAAAAACCACCAUAGUGCGGAAUUCACCAAUGGUUAAUGUACCACCCAUGAAAAGCACAGUUUCACGGAUGCAGAAACUUCCAGUUGCAACUGUUCAACCCAUCGGUGGUUCAGUAAACACCAGUUCAGCCACUCCUAUUGCAACAGUUCCUCCAUCUAUGAACACAGUCAUAAUGACUCCUUGUCCGCCUGUUAGAGCUGUGCAAACAGGGACAAUUGGAAAGCCUGUUAUUUUACCCCAUUUGCAACAAGGUCAACACACAGUUCCCAUACAAGUUCCCACCUCUAGUAAACUAUUGUUGAGCCCCGAUGGUGCCGUUUUAAAUAUCAUUCAAGCUUCGAGUGUACAAGUAAUGGCAAAGCCAACAACCGGUCAAGUGGUUAGUUCCACCUCAAGUAGUGUUACGAAUUUUACGCAUGAAUCAUCAACUGAGAAAACAUAACUUCUGAAAUCAUUCUAGAGGCCGUCUGUUGUCCUGUUGGGAUUAUAAAUGAUAAUUGUUGAGAACAGGUUCGAUUGUGUGGGCUUCUUUUGGUUCCAUUUCUCCCAGUGUCGGAGGCUAAAUACUAAAAAUCUAAAUUAAUAAUUUGUGCAUUUUGCCCUCUACAAUACAAAUGGAAGGGAAAUUGAUUAAAACAAAGAGAAGUUUGGAGAUUCCACAUGGCCAGUAAUGUACAUAUCAGUGUUUGUUCGGCUGACUCUUUUAUACAGUUUGUAUGGGAUUGUUUGGAUGUUUUGUAGCAUUUUCCAUUAAAUGGUUAAUUAUCUAGCCGUCUUCAGUCUGCGUAAGAUCUCAAGCCUGCGUUAGGACGUUCACAGAUAGGUUUAUUUUAUCAGACCUUAUCUGAUAAUGGUUUGGUUUUGUGUUUCCUCUAUAUUCAUGAAAUAAACUUGGCAUAUUUAUGACUGAUG